AUGGUUGAAUUUCUUUACCACCAACAGGAUGACUGGAAGCUGGUGCUGCUGUUUGUGCAGAUGGACAGCGUUUGUGUGUGCCCUGAACAGAUCGAUGAAACAGUUCAGCAGGUUGAGAAAACACUUGAAUUCUUAAGCUCACAGCUGAAGAAGGCUAUUGUUAAUGUGAUAGUGUGGGAUAGCUCAGCCAAACCUGCAUAUUUCCCACAAAGCAGAGUUUGCCCCUGCGAUGAGGCACGGACUGCAGGAGAGCUGAGACUGAUGAGGGCCGUACUCCCCCAGCUCCUGCAGGAAACUCUACAACGCCACCUGGUGGACAAGACGUUCUACAGCGACAAGGAUGAUUUCACUGUGGUGCUGCAGAACGCCCCCAUGUCUGCUGACCUGCCUGGAAGUGCAUCUGGGCGCUACACUGUGGAUGAGUCGCUCAACAUGAACAAGCUGGCUGUACAGUUGUGGGCAAACCUUCUUCAGCCUAAUGACGAGCAACAGAAUGUGGAUGGCAAGAGCUUCAGAAUCCCAUGCCCAAGUGAGGAGCGUCCAUACCUGAGGACUGAGAGAAACUCUCCAUCAGAGACCUAUGUCACAACUACGGCUCCUGUGAUCGACCCAGUAAUGGGUACUGAACUGCCCUGUAUGGACCGUAGUCCUUCUCCCGUUCCACCAACCUCAGUGCAUGAAGUUCGGCCAGCCGACAUAAAAGUGGUGGCAGCCAUAGGGGACUCCCUGACGGCGGGUAAUGGUCUGGGUGCCUCCCCUAAUAACCUGCUUCAGGUUCUGGUUCAGUACCGUGGCUUGUCCUGGUGUGUGGGUGGAGACAAGAACCUGUCACAUGUCAGCACACUUCCCAACAUCCUCAAAGAGUUCAAUGCCAAUGUGACGGGCUUCUCAGAGGACUCAGGGAGGCAGGAUACCCCACAAGCAUUCCUCAACCAGGCUGUCGCAGGGGCCAAAGCUGCGGACAUAUUAGGGCAGGCUCGGGCAUUGGUGGAAAGGAUGAAGACAGACUCUCGUGUGGACUUCCAAAAUGACUGGAAGGUCAUCACUGUGUUCAUCGGAGGAAACGACAUGUGUGACUACUGCAAGAAUGCGCUCCAGUUCUCCCCAGAGACCUUUGCCAGACAUGUAAGAGAGACACUAGACUUUCUCAAACAAGAGGUCCCGCGGGCUAUAGUGAAUCUGGUAGAGCCGCUACACAUCGUCCCCCUGAGGCGCAUGCACCAGGACAAAUCACUCAACUGCCCCACCUGGCUGGUCAAUAUUCUCUGCCCCUGUGUCAUCUCACCGGCGGAGGGCUCGGAGGCGGAACGGCGACUGGCGGAGCUCAACAGGGCUUAUCAGCAAGUCCUCCAUGAACUGACCGAGUCGGGGCGUUACGACACACAUGACAACUUCACUGUGGUCAUUCAGCCUUUCAUGAGGACGAUCAUACUUCCCCUACUUCCAGAUGGGCGUGCCGACCGCUCUUACUUCACGCCGGACUGUUUCCACCUGAGCCAGAAGGCUCACACUCAGAUGGCACGAGCACUGUGGAACAACAUGCUGGAGCCUCUGGGUAAUAAGACUCACACUCAGGAGUUUACAAAUAGCAUCGAGAUGAAGUGCCCCUCCCAGAGCUCACCUUUCGUAAGGACUUACAAAAACAGCAACUACACCUAUCAAGGCCCUACUUUACCUCCCCCUGAGAUCACAAAUUGGGGACGAGAUUUCUCCUGCAAGGAUGUGUCUCCAUCUGCCACUGUGCCCACAUCAGUUCACAAACUGAGGCCUGGUGACAUCAAAGUGGUGUGCGCACUAGGUGACUCUAUUACGACUGGACGUGCAGCCAAGGCCAACAGCUACAAUACCCUCAAAACAGACUACAAGGGGGUGUCAUGGAGUAUUGGGGGUGACAACACCUUAAUGACAACCACUACUCUGCCAAAUAUUCUGAAGAACUUUAACCCCACCAUCAAAGGCUUCUCCCGGGGCCAGGGGUUGCUUGCUACUAAAGGGUUCAACAUGGCUGUCUCAGGAGCUCAGGCCUUUGACAUCCCAGCUCAGGUCAGAUCUCUUCUCCGGGCCAUGAACAGCAGCAAGGAUGUAAACUUUGCUGAAGACUGGAAACUGGUGACACUGCUUGUUGGAGUCAGUGAUUUGUGCCACUACUGCACAGACCAAAACAAUCUGUCACCAAAGAACUUCACUAAACAUGUUAUGGAUAGCCUGGACCUGCUGUAUGCUACGGUGCCACGAUUAUUGGUAAACCUUGUUGAAGUUCCACAAGUUGAUUUACUGAAGAAAAUCAACAAAGGGAGCCUGACUUGUAACUUCCUACCAAGUGAAUUAUGUCCGUGUGUGGUGAAUCCUACUGAGAACUCCCCAGAGCUGAUGGAGCUGAAGAGGGUCAAUAAGAAGUACCAGGCUGCGUUGCAGCAGUUGCUGUCUGAGGGACGCUAUGAUGACCGGGAGGAUUUUGCUGUGGUCCUACAGCCCUUUUUACAACAUUCUGCAGUUCCUCUGAUUGGGGAGGGGCAGACUGACCUGAGUUACUUCUCUCUGGACUGUGUUCACCUCAGUGAAAAGGCUCAAUCUGAAAUGGCCACCGCACUUUGGAACAACAUGCUGGAGCCAGUGGGCAGGAAGCAGUUCUACACCAACCUGACGUAUGACCGCACCAAGGUCCACUGCCCCACAGAGGCUCAGCCAUUCAUCUUUACCCGCCAGAACAGUCAACUCGGCCCUGCCCCAGCCACAACAUCUGCCCCGAGUGAAACAACAACUAUGCAGUUCACCCCUGCUCCAGUGUCCUCAUGCCCAGCCUCUGUGCCUGUGUGGGUACCCGUGGUGCUGGCCAUCACAGGCCUUCUGAUUGGCUGGGCAGUCACCUGGAUGGUGUUCUCACGGAAACAGAAACGGAUGCUGAAAAGCAUGAAGAAAGAAGGAAAGGACACAGCGAAGAAGGAGACAGGGCUGUAACGUUCACCCCAACAACAACCUGUAACUGUUCUCCCACUUCCAGCAGAUCUCAUCUGAGCAGAGCUAGGGAUGCAAAUAAGGUCGAUUUACGACCAACUCAAUUAUGUCAAUUAUGUGACAAAUUGAACCCUUCCACAAACACAGUAGCCUAGUAUGCAACAUGACAUAAUGUAGGCUGCAGUGCUAGUGCCAUCGGCAGGAGAAAAAGAAAUUCAACAUUUUUGCAUGAAACAGCAAUAAGCUCAAUCAAUAUUGAUGAUUGUGGUUUUUUUUUGUCAGAGUAGUUACAAUGAAAAAUAGCAUCAUCAGUAGACUAAUUUAUGGAUUUGACCACUGGUCUAUACCAAUAGUUGUGUUAUUUUUUCAUUCAGCUCAGUGGAAUCACCAUUGGGCCUGGAACUAUCAUACUCGAUCCACAACACACCAGGACAUACACAAUGAAUGUCUGAACUCUCUCACUCACUCUCUCUCUCUCAAACACACACACACACACCAAACUUCUGUAUUUUAAGUAAGGGAUAACGG